AUGGGUUUGGAUCAAAAGUAUUGCAAGUUGACGGUGCACCCGACCAACACCGUAGUGGCACCUUCUCGAGUGCGACGGCAAACCGUUGGCGAUCAAGGUUUCGGGUCGUGUCAGUACAAUCAACCGGUGCUGCCCUAUAAGUCGUACGUCCCUGACGUCUAUGACGGUAUGAACGAGGAGGAAGACGACACGGACGAUAUUGCCGUCCUGAGCGAAGACGAACCUCUGGCAUUGUCGCGCCGCCGCGCACACACCACUUCAUCCAUGUCUACUUCCGUGCGGCUGUCAAACAUCUUGAAUCCGCUGUCGCGAAUGACGAUGCGCUGGACGGAGCAUUUGGCCGACGAAGAUUCUAACAAGACAGCGGUCUCCUCUACAACUAGCUCAUCCACGACUCCGGACUUGUUUGCUACUCCACCACCGCUACUGUCACAGCCAAUGCUAGAUUUGGCUAACUCGUUUCUGGAUGUGGACACGAACGGCACUGACGAGAUCAUGCGUCCUACUUUUGAGGAGCUGGCAAGCAUGAUGGCUGGAACUCCGCCAAUUCCGGCAGGAGUCACACUUGAUAUGCUGCCAAACGAGUACGAGACGCCUCCAAUUCCAUCGCACCUGCGCAAUGUAUUGAUGAUACACAACCAGCAUGAUCGUAUAAGUCUGUCACCGGUUGGAAUAGAAAACGAUGAUGUGGAAGGAGAAAGUGACAGUGAUAUCGAGGACGACGAUGCAAGUAGCAUUGGCACAGAUGAAUACAGCAACGACUUGACGAGUCAUUCUGUGGACAUCGACAGGAUUCGACAAACCCGUGACGAGGCCGUAGCAAGCAUGAAUGGCCCGCUUCGUGAUUCGACUCAGUUGAAGCCACGCUCUCGUAGAACUCACGCUCUACAUUGCGUGGGUAGACGCAACGUUCGUGGACUUAGCUCUCCGCCGCGUAUGCUGCCUCAAGUAGCUCUUCUUCGUAAGGCUACUGUGCCAGAAAGAGGCGAAACCACUGAUAUUGAGCCAUACACCGAUGAGAUUUCUUCCAUGCCCAUGUAUCACGGACAGGAAUUGCAUCUAGCUUUCAAAACGACAACUGGUAAGACUGCCCAAGUCGAAGCGCACCCCAAGCGGCGUAGUGGAGCCCACCGGAACCCUUUUUCGCGACGUGUGCGCUGUCAUGAAGUUCAACCUUACGAUGAUUUGGAAGAAAGCGACACGCUGCGCAUUAUUGGACAUACUACGGAAGGCCUGCUUUGCGGUGGCGAUUGCGUUUCGUUUGCACGCACCGAUGGAAUGGUGCUGCGUAUGCAAAAGAUGUCCAAGAAGCUGAAAUUCAGCAACAAGAUUGACGUGCGAGCCAAGUUUAUUAUCACCGGUGUGCCUGACCGUACACCUGUUUCCUCGUCUUCUAACUUUUACCUCCAGAGUAUGUAUGACCGCAACAAAACAGUGGGUUACUUGCCGUCACGACGCGAGAACUAUCCCGGCUGCCUCGCCAUGUAUCUUCACCGCAAUGUUGAAGACAAGAUUGAGCCUGUUCAGUUCUUUAAGCGCCCUCCGGGCCAUAACUUGGUUUUCUGGCACCGUAUGCAACGAGAAGGUAACUAA